GAACUCCCAAGGCUAGCUAUCUGCAAUUUAGCUUUCUUGUCCACAUCGAGAUUUAGCAAUUUCCCCCAAUACGAGUGUGAAAGAUGCGAAUUAUAACAGUUAAACGUCCCCGCAGCCACUGAAUAAGACCUAACGCGCCGUAAAGGAACCUUCCUCCCCACAAAAAGGCUUUCUAGAGAUAAAAAAAAAUCAUGUCAGGAAUUAAAAGGAAAAUAGAAGAUGGUGAUCCCGACUAUGAGGACGUUGCACUAGUCCAAAAUAGUAAACGAAACAAAGCUGCAGAGUUAAAUGCUCGAGAUGCAACAGUCCAGAAAAUAGAAGCCAUAAUCACUGAGCAGUUUUCUUUGGAGAUGAAGAACAAAGAGCAUGAAAUAGAUAUUAUCAGUCAGCGACUCAAUGAAGCCCGAAGGAUGAUGGAUAAGUUGAGAGCGUGCAUAGUGGCAAAUUUCUAUGCCACUGCUGGAAUGACAAAGCUCCAGGAGAGUUCCAAGAGUGACCCCGCAGCGCUGAACCAUCCAGCCAUCCGCAGAUUCCUGGAGUUUCCCUCUCGUUCGUCCUCCCCCCUCAACCAGGGUUCCGAGACGCCUUCGUUGGCCCAGUCUGAGUCCGAGUCCCUCUCGCAGCAUGGAGACACAACUGACAAAGAUAUCGAGGGAGUGUGGAGGGAUGACAGUGACAGGCUUGAGCGGAGACCCGGUCGCAACACUGGAAAGGACACAUUUGGUGUGUCAACUAUGCUGGGAAAUGAGCAGAGAGUGACCUGCCACACAAGUGGAGAUGAGUCCUCCAGACUCUAUGCAAAGAAGACAAUCGUUGUGGGAAACGUUUCCAAAUAUAUCCCUCCCGAUAAACGGGAGGAGAACGACCAGUCGACUCACAAGUGGAUGGUGUACGUCAGGGGCUCCAGGAAGGAGCCCAGCAUUGACCACUUUGUCAAGAAAGUCUGGUUCUUCCUGCACCCCAGCUAUAAACCCAAUGACCUGGUGGAAGUCAGCGAGCCUCCGUUUCAUUUAACCCGUCGCGGGUGGGGCGAGUUUCCUGUAAGGAUCCAGAUCCACUUUAAAGACCAUCGCAACAAACGCGUCGACAUUAUCCAUCAGCUGAAGCUUGACCGAACUUACACUGGGCUGCAAACACUUGGUGCAGAGACGGUGGUGGAUGUUGAGCUCCAAAGGAAUUCUCUUGGCGAGGAAUACAUCUUGAAGCCAUCUUCAUCCAAGCUGGCCCACAGAGCAAGCAGCCCAAUGACGGUCACCUCAACCGCUCAGCCUUGCGGACAAUCCAGUUCGCCCAUUCCGUACGAGUCCAGUUUCGACAAAGGUUCGAUCAAAGCAGAGGCGGGUCGGUCAACAGGGGCUCACCGCUCGGUUCUCACAGCGAGCGAACGCACGCCGACACGACCGAAAGCCAGUGACAGGAUCACUCUGGGUUGCCACGGUAACUCGGCCUUCCAGCCCAUAACAGCAAGCUGCAAGAUUGUUCCCCAAGGACAACCGCCUAGCCCCGCCGAGUCCCCCGGGAAGACGUUUAAACCGAUAACGAUGAGCUGCAAAAUUGUCUCAGGUUCUCCAAUAUCUACGCCAAGCCACUCACCGCUGCCUCGCACGCCCAACUCCUCCACCCCUGUUCCCAGCAAACAGAGUUCGUCCUCGGUGCUCAACAACCCUUACGUCAUCAUGGACAAGCCGGGUCAAGUGACCGGUGCGGCGUCCUCGUCGGCCGCCUCCGCAGGAAGUCCCUCGGCCAAACAAUCUGCUGGAACCCGCUCUCCAGCUCCCAAAAUUCACACAAGCACCCUCCUCUCAUCUGGAAUGAAAGUUAUUAUUAAGCAAGAGCCAGGGGAAGUCUCAACACAUCAGCAGCAGCAGCAGCAGAUGGCUUCGACAGUCUCUACCCAACCAGCUGCCACAGCGUCGCAUCAAUUGGUUUCAGUCAAAGGAGGACACAUGAUCUCCAUGUCAGCUCAGAAACAGGCGGGAGCGGCAUCUGGGGCUGCAACAAACAAGAUGUUAGGUAUUCCAGUGAGUUCCACGCUCCAGUCUGCGGUCAAACAGGUGGCCAUCAGCAGCGGGCAGAUUCUGGUGGCCAAGGGCAGUCCGUCUGUCUCUAAGGUGGUGGGUGGGAAGCAGGUUUUGGCUCAGGGGGUCGCAAAAGCCAUCGUCAGCGGAACCACUGGCAUCUCUGGUCAGCCGGCUACGGCCAAGCCAGGUUCAAGUGGCAAGACUGGAGUGAUGGCCACUCUUCAACUGCCCGCCAACAAUCUGGCGAAUCUUGCCAACUUGCCGCCGGGCACCAAGCUCUACCUGACCACCAACAGCAAGAAUCCCUCAGGGAAGGGCAAGCUGCUUCUCAUCCCGCAGGGAGCCAUCCUCCGAGCCUCCAAUGCAGGUCAGCAGUCUCAGAGCAGCUCAUCAGCGGGCGCUCCGACGUCCUCCGCGUCCUCAUCCAGCAGUUUGCCUUCCAACCUUUCGUACACUUCUUACAUCCUCAAACAGACUCCUCAGGGCACUUUUCUUGUGGGCCAGCCAUCACAAGGCUCAGGGAAGCAGGGGAAUUCUGGUGUGGCAGCGCACGCCACGUCAUCUCCAUCCACCGCUCCUCAGCAGGCCAUUCGGGUCACAGCCGGACAGAAGGCUGCUAUUUUGGCUCAGAUGGUUGGCAGUUCCCAGGGCGCUCAAGUGAAAUUGUCAGAUGGCUCUGUGAAGACAGUGACAGCGGCAGGCCACUUGUCCAAGUCGGGAAUGACUACAUUGAGAAUGACCGGCGGAGUCAUCACUGCCACCAGCGCCGCUCCCAGCUCAGUCAGCACUGCGACAACUGGCAACCAGCAGCAGCAGGCGUCCGAUGGUGGGAAGUCUGCCUCCCAGUACCACUCCCUUCUGAUGGCAGCCAAUCAAGCAGCGGUGAUUAGUGCGGCUAAGAGCGCCAGUGCCGCAGGAGGCGGCAGUUUGACCAAGACCGCCAUGGCCACCUUGGUCAAAGGUGCCGCCAACUCUGCCGCAAUGGCCAAAAGUGCCAAGGGCGUCGCCGGCGUGCCUGUCGUCGGCACGGCCAAAGGUGCGAGCGUGGUGCCUAAAAGCGGUAGUACGUCACUGGUCACGGCAGCAUCGCUAGUUAGUGGGACGACCGCGCCGGCGGGGGGAGGAAAGACCGCUUCGACCGUAUCAGGCAUGCUGAAAAUCCACUCUGGAGGCUCCAACUCACAGCAGACAGUCUUGACUAUCCCUGCUAACCAGCUCAAGCAGUUGGCGGUGUCCAGUGGCUCAGGAGCAAUGCAGACCAUACUCAUGCCUCUUGGCAAAGUGAAGACGGAGCCCGGUGCCGGCACAGCUGUCACAGCCGGUCCGUCGCCCCCGGCAACCGCCUCCAUCCCUACAUCUGUCCACGAUCCGUCUACCACGGUCAAACAGGAGCAAGGCGCCGAUCAUCUUCUGCAUGACCUCAUCAACACGGAAUACAUAGAGACCAUGAUGCAGCUGUUGACGGCUGUGGUGAAGAAGUUCCCGCUCAUCGUGCCAGAUAAGUCUGAAGACUCGCAUCCAUUCUGUGCCUCUUCAACAGAACAGUAUUAUUCUUGGAAUAUUGGAAAACGCAGGGCGUCAGAGCUUCAGCGAGCGGUGGCUGUCAAGCGGGCCAUCCAGAACGUGUUGGAUCACUCGCCUGGCCUCCAGGCGCUGACGCCCCCAAAGACCAGAGAGGUAGUUCAGUGGUGUCGACAGAGGGGCUACACCCCGCCAGACCCCGAACCGCAGCACAGGAACGACGACGAGUCCAUCGAGGACGUCCUCACGCAGAUUGACAGCGAGCCAGAGUGUCCCACCACGCUGAGCAGCAGUGACGAGUUGUUGCUGCGGCUGGAGCAGAUGCAAGCUCUGCUGAAGACCGAACCGGAGGAUGCAGACGACGAGAUCGUAGACAUCGUCACCGUGACACCGCCGACCAAAGUCAAGGUCAAAGAGGAGGAGCAGGAGGCCGACACAGAGCCCAAGUUCUUGGUGGGGCCUUGCUUGGCGGCCCAAUUUGUCAAUGAAGCAGCUCAGCAGAUCGGGAUCACCUUCCAGCCAGUGGAAGUGGAGAAGAGCAUUUUUGCUCCGGUGAUUGAAGACAUGAUUGUGAAGGCAACGGAGCAGUUGGCCAGCGACAUCCUGAGAGAAGCUCUGGCCGGUGCCUUCGCUAAAUCCCCUCACAACAGGGCUCCGAGAGAAAUCACAGCCAUGAACAUCCACCAAGCCAUCUGUAGCAUCCCAACCUGUGACUUCCUCACCAACGCGCACAUGGGCUACCUGCCCAAGGACAACUGAGGCCAGACAGCAAGACGGCAGGUACCGAACAAACACUGAGAACGGGGACGAAGUACCCCGGAUCCACAUUCCCUCCCCCCCUCCCUCC